CCCUCUCCUCUUGCAGACGAGCCACAGGACGGUUCAGAAGCGCGACUUUUGAGUUUGGACGCGACCGAAAAAUUACUCCAGGAUUUAACGUUCCGACAGGAUAUAAUGUUACGUCAACAAUUCCGUUUCGGUGAUCAGCUCCGGAGCGUUGAGAUCUGGCAAUCAUCCCGAGCCAUUAGAUUUCACUCCGUGCAACCCUCACCUCCCCCCUCACCUCAGCACACAUAUCAUGUCUGCCUUUACAAAGAGCCUCAAGGAACUCCGUGUCCACUUUUGCCAGACUUCGCCUGCCAGCAAUGGCCUCAGGCAAUUCGUUGCUUCCAACUAUACCGCUGUCAAGGCUGCCAACCCUAACCUCCCAAUUCUUAUCCGCGAGGCCAAGGGCGCCGAGGCCAAGAUCUUUGCUCGCUUCGAGCAUGGUCAGGAGAAGAAGGUUCUUUUGGAUGGAUUGAGCGCGAAGGAGGUCGAGGAAAAGCUUGCCUCUCUUGUCAAGUAAAUCGGAUGCGCGCAUCAAAUUGGAAGCAGGAUCAGGAUUAUGCAAGAAAACAACGACAAUAGAUUUCACAGCAUUGCUUGCAAGCGGACCUGGCUUGCACAAUAAACAACCUACAAAUACCAAGCAUUGGCGUGCUUACCGGA